CAGGAAGUAGUAGUUCCACAACAAGGGCCGCUUCCUGUGUGUAUUCUCUCAGCUGGCAAACUUCAGGCUGUCUUAUUUCCUGUUUUUAUCAGAGCGGUUGAUUUUAGUUGGAUGACUGGUUGAAGGACGCAGAGCUGCGGCUGUAUGAAGGACGUCUGUCUCCACAUGUGCAGCAGGAGUAGCGCCGGUGGACCUCUGUGCUCUCUAACUGCUGUUGUCUGGGUGUGAAGGGCAUGCUGAGGCCCACGCUGCUCGGGGCUCUGCGGACCCUGCGCCCACCGACCCUGGUCGGGGCGGCUCCGGUGCAGCCCGUCCCCCUGUCGGCUUCAUGCAGGCUGUCCCAGGUGUGGAGGACGUCUCCUGUCCGCUCGCUGCAGCUGUGCUCCGGUUUGUGCGCUGGACACAACAAAUGGUCAAAGGUGAAGAACAUCAAGGGACCGAAAGACGAGGCGAGAGGAAAAAUGUUCAUGAAGUUUGGGAUGUUGAUAAGAAUAGCAGUGAAGGAGGGUGGAUCCAACCCGGACCUGAAUAUAAACUUAGCCCACCUACUGGAGCAGUGCAGGAGCAAGAACAUGCCCAGAGCAUCCAUAGAUGCAGCAGUCAAGAGUGCGGAAAAGGCCAAACCAGCAGCCCAGCACAUGUUCGAAGCGCGGGGGCCCGGUGGGUGUAUGCUGCUCAUUGAAGUUCUGACGGACAACAACUCACGGACCCACCAGGAGAUCAGACGCCUGCUCAACAAGAACGGAGGGAUGCUGUCCGACGGAGCUCGUCACAGUUUCAACCGGAGAGGCGUGGUGGUGGUGCCUGCUCAGAGCGUCUCCGUGGAGACAGCUCUGGAGAUGGCCAUCGAGGCUGGAGCUGAAGACGUCCAAGAAACUGAGGAUGAAGAAGAGAAGCUCCAGCUGAAGUUUAUCUGUGCUAUGUCAGACCUUAACAAGGUGCGGGGCUCACUGGAGGGACUGGGAUUACAGAUCACAUCUGCUGGUUUGGAGUUUGUUCCUCGCAAUCACUCUUCCCUGGAUCAGGAGCAGAUGGAAGCUGCUUCCACUCUCAUAGAGGUCCUCACUGACUGUCCAGACGUAGUGAGAGUGUGGGACAACAUCCAGGCCGACAGCUGAGACGUUUGUGGGGGGGGGAUGGGACACUGCAUAUUUGAAAUACCUCAAGGAUUUGCCAUCCGAGACCCUUUUAUAGGAGUGUGACCUGGAAGCUAUGCAUGUAGUCACAGGGAGGAGACAUUUUCAAGAGGCCGUUUUGGAAGUUUUAUGUGUGGAGAAAACAUUAAAAAGAAUUUCUGUG